GCAUCAGAGGAGUAUAUAUAGUGAUGGUAAAAGCUCUAUCUUGCGUAUAGUCAUCCCCUUUCAUCUCUCUGUAGAAAGAUAGAGACUCAGUAUACACUUACAUUCCUGUCAAUUUGCUUCCUCCAGCUUCGCUUUUCCUUUGAAUAUCUUCAGCUGUGUGUAUAGAUUACAGCUUCCAAGUUUAUGAUUCACAUACACACAAGUUAUGUACAUAUAGGUAGCAGCGGGGGAGAAGCCGAUAAUAAUCUGUAAAAGAGAAAGCGGUGGCCGUAGUGGCGAGAGAAAUGCCGGCUCAGAAGCGGUAUUCGUCGAAUUCUCAUGAAGAAGACGAGGACGAGAGCUUCUCUCAGGCUCAACACCGUCGCAAUCAACGCCGCCGCGGAAAGCAAUCUCGACGUCGCGGUGGUGGCGCCGAGCGAAUCCAGCAACCUCCGGAAGAAGAGCAAGUGCGGGAACAAAUCCAGCAAGGAGCUGAAGAGCAGGAACGAGUACAGCAAGAGGAGCAGAUGCCGAAUCAUGAUCAUGAAUCGAUCAGGCAAUCUUCUGAGGAAGAUUCUGAUGAGAGUGGAACUGAUCCUGAAGACUUUGACGAGCUGAUUUCUGUGUCACGAUCUGCAAUUCGUAGUAACGUUCAAUGUCCAAUAUGCCUAGGUAUCAUCAAGAGAACCCGGGUUGUGAUGGGAUGCCAACACCGUUUCUGCAGGGAGUGCAUUGACAAGUCAAUGAGAUUGGGGAACAAUGAAUGCCCUGCUUGUCGCAUACACUGUGCUAGUCGGCGUUCUUUGAGAGAUGAUCCAGGAUUUGAUGCACUUAUCAAGGCAAUAUAUCCAGAUGUUGAGAAGUAUGAAGAGGAGGAACUAGUGUUUCAUGAAGAUGAGAUGGCACUUAAUCAGCAGAUCCAAGCAUCUAUUGCUCAAGUUUGUCAGCGCCAAUCUGAAGCAUUAAACAAGAGGCGGAAAUUGAAUAAAGAGCCAAUUACAACAUCCACGCCUAAAGGAUCUCGUAAAUAUCAGAAUGCUUAUUCAAGACGAAGAAGGAGAAGCAGCCAAACCGGUGAACCUCAACAAUCUGAUCACCAUGAGAGCGAAGGUGAUCCUGACCAUAAAACCCCAUCUGACGAACACGGAACACCAGUGAAGCCCACAAGGAGACCGGCAGGAACUCCAUCCGACCAGACUUAUCAUGCAUCACCGUCGGCCACCAUCAAUCCUGGAGAAGAUGGAUACAGGGAAACUUCAACUGAUAGAAUCGGAGAAAAUCAAGAAGAUGACUCUCCUGUAUUAAAGCCUGAAGCAUUUACCUGGGGAAGAGGUGGCGUGAGGAGUCAUAUCCGACAUGGAAACUCCAGUAGCAGCAGAAAUGUUCGUGCUAACCGGUUAUCCAAGUUAACUAACUCUUCUAAGACCGGAUAUAUAAACAUUGAUUGUCAGCAGGAUAGCCACGUCCAGCUUGUUCCUAUAAAUGUAGAAGAUACACCGGGUUUGGAUAAGCCCUCCCUUUGCCGUGAUUCAAAGUUGUCAAUUAAUGACAUCAGAGACCAUAGUCAUAUUGCUGGUGAGGUAAAAGUACUAGGAGAAGAAUACAUUGAAACAAUUCCAUUGGAAGAGAAAGGCACCGAAUGUAGGGCCAUGCUGAACCCUUCAAACUCGAAGAGUGAGCUGCAAAGUAUGCAGGGCAAAGAAAGUUUGGCUGUGAUUAGCUCCAAUUACUUCCAUUCUACUAAGGAUCUGGCGAUAGGAUACAUGCAAAACAAGACCAACAUGUGCGCCUUGGAUUAGGAGUAUUUCACUACCUAAAGACCAUAAGAGAUGGUUGGAACAACACUGAAAACACUGGUCUUUUUGCUUUUCUUUAUCUUAAAUAUAAUAUAUAUAAUAUUAUAUAUUUGAAAUAUUUCGCUGAGUUUUCUUUUUUUCCCACGCCAGUAGCUAUAUGUUUGGUGUUUUGGUCCAAGAGGCUAAGUAUGUACGUAGUAUAUUUUUUUUUUUUUUGCUCGAAGAAUGCUUAAUUCAUAAAAAUAGCAUUCAGCAGGGGGGUAAAACUAGAAAAGCACCACAAAUAACCAUCCGCCCGUGGCCGAGACUGAGAGCUAACCACCUGUAGAAAUGUACGUAGUAUAUUUAUAGAUGGUUUAUUUAUGAAAGAAAUAUUUAAAUGAUGUGAUCGAUGACAGAAGCAGUGUGAUUGGGACGCCCUUUAUGUGGGCAAUAAUGGUAAUAAUCUCUUAAGAAUUUAUGACAGCAAUAAGACAUUGAGAGCAGCAGGAUUUUGUUGGUUUCAUAAAAAUCCUGAUUACCGGUCAACGUAAACGCCCAAAUAAAUGCAACUGAUGAGGAAUGGAACUACUUUGUGCAUGAUAAAGAGGAACAUUAAGGGUUAUUUACUACUUU